UGUGCCGGCCCACCGGGAAUCUUCCCUGUGAACCCUAUGGCCAAUCCGCCUCUGCAUCUCUCCCAUAGAGAGGAGCCGGCAGCGGCCAGAGACAGCAGCAGCGGUCCGGAAGCAGGAGCGGAGGUGGUACAGCUGCAGGAUCGUAAUGAGAGGUUGUAUGCCAAGCUGAGUGACCUGCAGGACAAGAUGGGGAGGCUCGCAGGAUCCAAAACUGAUCUGUCAUCCAGACUUGUGCUGAGUGAGGAGGAGAAGCUGAAGAUUUCCAAAGAGCUGAUUGAGCUACAGAUAGAGACCAACAAGAUAAGGGAACACUAUGAGGCUGAAACAUUUGAGCUGAAGAACACGAUCCUGGCCCUGGAGAACCGUCUCAUGACUGUGGAGCUUCAUAAGGAGAAGCUGGGUGGUGAGUACGAGGCUGUGAAAGAACGUCUGCAAUCUGUGGAGACCAACCGCAAGGAGCUGGCAGAUGAAUACAUCGUUCUGAAGAGUAAUUACCUGGCGCUGAGCAAAGAGCAUGAGCGGGAGGUUGCCAAGAAUGAUGAGCUGAGCAUGGAACUUCUCAAUCUGGCAAACAGAGGACGUGACGAAAACUACUCACAGUCUCAAGCUCUCGUCAGUGAGGCCUCUGCCGAGCUGGAGAGGGUGCGGGCCAUGGUCAACCAAAUGUCCUCACGGAAGAUCAAGCCAGAAGAGCUUGUUGCUUCUGAACAUGAGCGAAGGAAAUUAGAGAGAAAUCUUCUCGGCAACCAAGAUGAAAUCAAGGAAGAGAUUGAGAGCAUGAAAAAGAUCCACACCACCCAGCAACAGAAAUUAGAGGAGCGUGUGGUGGCUAUGGGUAAGGAGCUACAGGAGGCAAAAAGAGCCAUUCGCAACACCCAGCACAAGAUGGCCGAACAGUCAGCGGUUCUCCUGACGUCUCAGGGCCAGCUGAAGGAAGUCGAGGCAGAAAACUCCCGCCUCCAACUGCAGCUGAAGGAGCUCAAUGAGGAAUAUCGCUCCCGUCUCAACCGCUAUAUCCAGGAUCUGGCUGAGUACGUGGACGGGAACUUGAGAGGGACGGGUGGUCAAGUGGACCCAGCCCGAAUGAAGCAGUUUGUGGACAGUAUGAUGAGUGAUAUCAAAGCCUCUCACAGGUCCAGAGAGGAGCAGCUGGCCAACGCAACGCGGCAGUACAAGAAGCGGAUGCAAAACCUGGUCAAGAAGCACGAGAACCUGCUUAUUGCGUACCGCAUGCAGAGAGAGCAAAUCCUGGCAUUGGGCAAUAGCGAUGUGGACCCCGGCCCCCCUGAACAUCAUUUCACCAUCACUGACCCUGAGCUUCAGACUCAGUCCACAAUGGAGUUAAACCGACUGCGAGAGGACAAGGCCUUACUAGAAACUCAGAUCCAGGACCUCAAGGAGAAGCGAAGAUUACAUGAAAAUACAGCAUCUAAUAAACAGGCAGGGCAGUACGGGCAGCUGAAUGAAGAAAGCUGGGCACAGAUCAGGAAAGAGCUGCGUGAAUUCACCCACAAUACUCAGGAGGAUCUGGAGAAGGAGAGGAGUCAGCUGCUGUCAAGGGCGGUUGUAGCAGAGGAACAGGUGGCAGAAUUGCAGGAGUAUGUAGAUAAACACUUAGGAAGGUACAAACAGGAGAUCAUGCGCCUGCGGAAACUCCUGGGCAACGAGGGUCCAAGAGCCAUCAGCGCUGAUGCUCCCCAGUCUUUUCUUUCUCGAGGUCUAAGGAGAACUAGCCAUGAGAUGUGAUCCCCCUCUUGUGGCUGUCAUCAGUACUGCAGACCAGCCAUAUGCUGAGAAUGCAGAUUGCGUCUAUCACAUCUGAUUUAAAUUGUAUGACCUAACAAACGUCUCACAUAUAUAUUAUUUUCAUAAGAGAUUUGUGUUGGAGCCUGGAAACUGGCUAACAAUCAUUAAAUAAUUUAUUUUUACAUAAA